CCUCUAUUCUUCCGUGUCCCAUGGCCUCUCUCUCAGACCAAAUCGACCGUCUCUCGAGAACGAGCAAGGCCAUCGCCGCUACCGCCGCCGCCGUCACCGUCUCUCUCGACGUCGCCCCCUUCUCCACCGCCGUCCUCGACACUCAGCUGGGCGAUUUGAUUCGCGAUGUAGAUCCAUCCGAACUUGGCUUGUUUUCACUCGUUGUCCCUCACUCUGAACAGGAUUCUCGGGGAGAUAUACCCACGUUGGCUCGGUCGGCGUUUCCAGGUGCGACGCCACUAAAGCCGGCGACGCGACGCGAAGUAGACCCCGAGAUAUAUGCUCAUGCCGCCCUCAAAUACAUCGACCGGUACCAGAGUAUCAGACCAAUGCCCCGUGCAUAUUCUCAGGUUGUUGCUCUUCUCGAAGAAAUACAGUUGGUGCGCGAUGGCAUAGAAGAAACUACAGAGCUACUUCAUUCCAAUCAAGUUACAGAUGGCCCGUCAAUAAAGUCUAUGAUUGAUAACGAGGAACAGACAUUGCAUCAUUAUGAAAAGAAAGUUAACGCGCUCAGGAAACGCAGGGAUUUACUCAUGACUCAAGCGAAGCGCACCUCACGUACAACAAUUGCGAGUGUAAAAAGCGCGCCACCUCGUCCAGUAACUCCCGUCGCUCCCUCUCAUGUGGAUGCAGAAGAGGAAUCAUUUUGGGCAACACCUGGACGUGCUUUUGCCUCCGAAAAUCUGCUGCACGAACAAGUCGAUAUUGGGGACCUGUCAGUUGUGUCCAUACCAAGUCCUUCGGCCCCUUCGUCUUCUACUCGUAGACGUUCGGCAUCACAACCCUUGGUUGAAGUAGCCCCGGAAAUUGUCGAGGAACCGCAAGAUACAUACGAAUCGCGAGAUGAACCGCCUAUUGUGGAAGGUGCAAUCGAUGAAACCAUGCAAGUCGAAUCCGCAGCAACACCUGCUGGUAGUUCCUCCGAACCUUUGGCAGCUGAUGUACCACCAGCAAAGGUUGCUGAGCCUGAAACGCCAGGGACCAAGGCUAGACUGCGCAUCAACACAGAGGUAGAGAGAAUAGUGGCAAAGAUAUGGGCCACAAUGGGUGAUGUAAUUAUGCCUGGUCAUCCCUACAGAACCACAGGAGAUGGUUCAAAACCUCCCAGAGCAAAACAAACAAUCGCCCAUCUUCAAUCCAUAUCCGCGUUAGUUCCGACGCCUUCAUCUCCUCAGUCAAGUCUCUUGUCUGCUGAUGCAGUACCAUCACAGCCAACUCCUCACCAAAUUCUUACCGCUCAUUUACUAGUGACACUCUUAUCGUGCCCACCCAAAUUUUCCAUGCCUCUUAACAAGGUGAAAGAAUCACUGGCCGCCAAGGCGAGUACCGGAGGCAGUGCAGUUUUAGUUGCUGGACAAGGAACCACUCGAGUGCUUUACGGUUGUGUAGCCAAGAGGCUGGUGAAGAUUGAUAGAGGUGGUGGUGAGCAGGUUGUCAAGUUUGAUGUGUAACUUUACCUUGCUGUGAAUUAGGAUAUCUGGGUAUAUGUAU